CCAAAGCCAACAAACAUAUCGAGUGGCUUAGCACAUUCCUAGGCAGCGCACUCAGUCGGCAAAUCGAAGUUUAUAAUAUUAUUUAUUUUUAUUUAUAUUUUGAUUUUGCUGCCACUGCUGCGUCUGUUGGUUGCAAGCACGACUGGGCACGACGCGUCAGCUGAGCAACGAUGUCGGGACGCUUGAAUCAUCAGCACGCGGUGUACGCUUGGCGUCGCGAACAGGAGCAUAAUCGAGUGCAGGCGACGCAGCAGAUGAACCGCUACUAUGAUCACUGGGGCAAGGUGACCUCGCGCUUUGAGAACUGGACCAAUCAGGCGUACUACAACAAGGCGGACCAGAAGAUGCAGCAGCACAAGGAUCAGCAGCAGAAAGAGAAGGAGCUAGCCGAGCGACGCACAAAACUGCGCCAACUGCUGGAUGACGACAAAAAUGUCUAUGACUUGGAGCUAGGUCGCAAGCGCAGGCCACGUGAAUCGCCGGGUGAUCUGAAGACGCUGGAGCGCCUCAAUCAGUCACUUAAGGAGCAGGAGCAGCUCAAGCGUAAACUGGAAAUGGAAGCGAAGCUCUACGGACGUUGGCGUCAUGGGGUCGAGGAUGAGAAGCUGCUGUACAAAUCCAAGUCGGACAACGAGGUGCUGGCCAAGCUCAACUGGCUGGACAAGCAGAUCGAGCAGCAGCAGCAGCGUGAAGAGCGCGAGGCGCUGGCCGCCGAGCGACAGCUGCUCCUACAGCAGGAGAUCAGUCGCACAGAGCAGGCUCAAAUGGAGCGCCAACUCAUCCGCGAGCAGGAGAUCAAGGAUAUACGCGCCGUGCAGGAGUCACAUGUUGCAGAACUGAAGCAGCGUCAGGAGCAGGCGGAUAAACUGAAAGAGGAGGAGCAGCAUUUCCGCUUGUUUCUCAGCGAACUGGAGAAGGAGAAACAGCUGCUGGAGGAGAGCACAGCUCUAAUGCUACAGCAACCGGACGCUAGCCAAGCAUUCAAUCUGAAGAAGAUCAAGGUUUUCAUACGCAAUAGCAGCGAGGCAUAUCGCAAACAGAUCACCCUUUGCAUUAAUCUGCUCGAGCGCAUGAUCAAGUAUGCGGUGAAGACGGAGCAGCUGCAGCAGAUACUUAACAAGUGCAAGGAGCAGCUGCAAACCGAGAUCCUUGCAUCCAGUCAAAUCGAUGCCAUGUUCGAGUCGGAGACCAAGUGCUAUCUACAGCGCUGCGAGGAUAAUUGGCGCGAGCAGCAUCUGCAACGCUAUGGUGAGAUCAACAAGCUCAUCGAACAGGAGCAGCAGUCGCUAAGCUCGAUGCUGCGCGAGAACCUCACGGAGCAGCAGUCGCUCAUCCAACUGCGUGCCACACAUGUCGCUGGCAUUGAGCAGACCAACAAGCAGCUCGAGCAGCUCAACAAGGAACAAGUGUUAUCCUCUCCACGUCCACAGUCAGUUGCCAAGACCUUGCCAGAUAAUUGUGAUACCAUUGUGCAGCCUGUCUCGCCUCGUCACAGUCAGCUAGAUCCUAGCGAGCACUCUGAUCUCAUGCCCAAGGUCAGCGAUUCAUUUACCAAUCUCAAUUUGGAUGUCUGGCAGGAUAUGCCACCGGUGCGUGGUGGCGUCGAUUCGCCACGCCUCAAAAAUACACGCUCCAUGAAUGUGGUCAACUUGGAGAAUGUUAAGCCUCCCAAAUUUGCACGCAAACGCGUCGUCUGGACCUAAAACUGGGUUGACGCAUUCCUCCAAUACGUAGUUUGUAACUUUUAAAGAAUACAAUGAAAUUUUCAAUGCAUUAUAAACUAGGUCCAAUGUUUUAAGUAUAGUUCGAAUUAUGAUAUAUUAUCUGUGCGUGUGUGUGUGUGUGCAUCUAAAAUCUUGUGUGCUUAUUGUAAACUGUGUCUAAAAUGCACUCGCUCUAAGUGUGUUUGUAUUCGAGUAAUAUUAAUUACAGAUAAGUAAACUCGCAGUAUUAAAUAUUAAACUAAAUGUUUGCAAAAUGUAUCCUUCACGUUUCUCUUUUC